CAAAUUUAACCUCCUAUCCCAGUGUCUUUUUUAUCGAGAGUUCGAUCACCUUAUAUAUUCCUAAUAAAAAAUCGAAGUAAGUAGAAUGGUUUUGUAUGAAGUAAAUAUUGAUUUUGCAUUAAUUUUAAAAGGGCUAAGCAUUCGAAAAUAGCGGGCAACAUUGAUAUGACGCUAAUGAGUGUUGUGGCACCACCGGUAUCGAAGAGCUUGCGCACUAUCGUUUCGAGUGCAGCGCUAACCACUCUGCGACUAUUCCGCCCGAAGGAUUGCCAAAAAUAUGCAAAAAUAUGAGAAACUCGAGAAAAUAGGAGAAGGUACUUAUGGAACCGUUUUUAAAGCCAAGAAUCGCGAGACUCACGAAAUCGUCGCGCUGAAGAGAGUACGAUUAGACGAAGACGACGAAGGUGUACCAUCGUCCGCACUCAGAGAGAUUUGUCUAUUGAAAGAAUUGAAACACAAGAACAUAGUCAGACUGUACGACGUGUUGCACAGCGACAGAAAGCUGAUUUUAGUCUUCGAGCAUUGUGAUCAAGAUUUGAAAAAGUAUUUUGACAGUCUGAACGGAGAGAUCGAUUUGGAUGUCGUUAAAUCUUUUCUGUAUCAAUUGUUACGUGGAUUGGCAUUUUGUCAUAGCCGAAAUGUAUUGCAUAGAGACCUUAAGCCCCAGAAUUUACUCAUUAACAAAAAUGGAGAGUUGAAAUUAGCUGACUUUGGAUUAGCCAGAGCCUUUGGAAUUCCAGUGAAAUGUUACUCCGCGGAAGUGGUAACGCUAUGGUACCGUCCUCCGGACGUUCUCUUUGGAGCGAAACUGUACACGACGUCCAUUGACAUGUGGAGUGCCGGAUGUAUAUUUGCUGAACUAGCAAACGCCGGCAGACCAUUGUUCCCUGGUUCGGACGUUGACGAUCAGCUAAAGAGAAUAUUCAAGAUGCUCGGCACGCCGACCGAAGAGACUUGGCCGGAUUUCACCACUCUUCCCGACUACAAGCCCUUCCCGUUGUAUCCUCCAGCUCAAGGAUUGGCUCAAGUUACGCCGAAACUUAAUUCGAGAGGCAGAGACUUAUUACAAAGGUUACUGGUAUGCAACCCAGCGCUACGAUUAUCGGCGGACGAAGCAAUGGCGCAUUCCUACUUCAACGAUUUGAACCCUGCCAUCAAAAACGAUCGUUGUCAGUAGUGGAUUUUAAUAGUCUGGCCCCAACGAAAGCGCGCGUGGAUAGCGCAGCGACCAAAAUCACUCCGGCAAAGAUCGUUUGUUAAUAAUAUAAAUUA